GUCUCCUCCUUCCGACGCUCCCCGGCCGCGCCGCGGCCCCCCUUGGUUCGGGGUUUUGCAACCGGCAGCUGGCCUUUUUUCCUCCCCUGUUUCUGUCUCUCCUUCUUCUUUUAGGUUGCUCCACCCCGCCCAGGAUCAGGCGAGGGGAACCAGCCGGGCUGCGGCGGGCAACUCGCGCCCGGCGCGCCCGCGAACUCCGGGAGCCGAGCCCCGCGCCCAGCCUGCUCCCAGAGAGGCGCGCUGUCCUCGCUCCCCCAGGCCCCGCGUCCUCCCCCAGCAACCCUUCCCCACUUUUCCCCCUUUUGCAAUCACAUGGCAUUUUAAGAAUGCCGGAAAGAUGGCGGUAGCGGCGGCGGCGGCAGCGGCGGGGCCAGCCGGCGGGGGAGGCGGCCGGGCGCAGCGGAGCGGGCUGCUGGAAGUUUUGGUGCGGGAUCGCUGGCACAAAGUUCUGGUGAACUUGAGCGAGGACGCCCUGGUUCUGAGCUGCGAGGAGGGCGCUGCGGCGUACAACGGCAUCGGGACCGCUACCAAUGGCUCGUUCUGCAGGGGCGCUGGAGCCGGGCACCCGGGGGCCGGGGGCGCGCAGCCUCCGGACUCGCCUGCCGGGGUCCGCACCGCCUUCACUGACCUGCCCGAGCAGGUGCCCGAGUCCAUCUCAAACCAGAAGCGUGGCGUGAAGGUGCUGAAGCAGGAGCUGGGCGGGUUGGGCAUCAGCAUCAAGGGGGGCAAGGAGAACAAGAUGCCCAUCCUUAUCAGCAAGAUCUUCAAGGGGCUGGCGGCAGACCAGACCCAAGCCCUGUACGUGGGCGACGCCAUCCUGUCUGUGAACGGAGCCGACCUGCGGGACGCCACCCACGACGAGGCGGUGCAGGCGCUGAAGCGCGCUGGCAAGGAGGUGCUGCUGGAAGUGAAGUACAUGCGUGAAGCCACACCCUAUGUGAAGAAAGGCUCCCCAGUAUCCGAGAUUGGAUGGGAAACGCCUCCACCUGAGUCCCCUCGGUUAGGGGGCAGCUCCUCAGACCCUCUGUCAUCACAGUCCAUCUCCUUCCAUAGAGAUCGGAGAAGCAUCCCUCUCAAGAUGUGCUACAUCACCCGGAAUAUGUCCUUGGCUGACCCUGAGAACAGACAGCUUGAAAUCCACUCUCCAGAUGCUAAGCACACAGUAAUCCUAAGGAGCAAGGACUCAGCCACUGCCCAGGCCUGGUUCAGCGCCAUCCAUUCCAGUGUUAGUGACCUGCUGACCCAAGUGAUUGCCGAGGUCAGAGAGCAACUGGGGAAAACAGGCAUUGCUGGGAGCCGAGAGGUCAGGCAUCUUGGAUGGCUUGCAGAAAAGGUGCCCGGGGAGAGCGAGAAGGAGUGGAAGCCAGCCCUGGUUGUACUGACCGAGAAGGACCUUUUAAUCUACGACAGCAUGCCGCGGAGGAAGGAAGCCUGGCUCAGCCCAGUUCACACAUACCCCCUUCUUGCCACCAGGCUGGUCCAUUCAGGUCCAGGGAAAGGGUCACCCCAGGCUGGUAUGGAUCUAUCUUUUGCAACACGAACUGGUACCAGGCAGGGGAUUGAAACGCAUCUCUUCAGGGCAGAGAUCAGCAGGGACCUCUCCCAUUGGACGAGGAGCAUAGUACAGGCGUGCCACAACUCGGCUGAACUCAUCACCGAAAUCAGCACAGCUUGCACCUAUAAAAACCAGGAGUGCCGUUUGACCAUACAUUAUGAGAAUGGAUUUGCUAUUACCACUGAACCACAGGAAGGUGCCUUUCCCAAGACAAUCAUACAGUCUCCUUAUGAAAAGCUGAAAAUGUCUUCAGAUGAUGGAGUCAGGAUGCUGUAUUUGGAUUUUGGAGGCAAAGAUGGAGAGAUUCAACUGGACCUUCAUUCCUGCCCAAAGCCGAUUGUUUUCAUCAUUCAUUCCUUCCUGUCAGCUAAGAUUACAAGACUGGGCUUGGUGGCCUGAACAGAGGGGCAACGUUUGAGAAAAGGAGGCUGCUAUUACCACUGGAAAGUGUAACAUCAGACACCAUUUGCAGCGAGCAACGUGCCAGAUGUAGCCUGCCACAGUGAGCUUUAGAUCCUGUGUAAUUGCCCCAGAGUCCUCUGUCAAUUUCACCAACCACAAGGGGUACCCUAAGAAAGUAGACAAGGAACAUCAGAGUCAAACUAGCAGUAAAAACUGUCAAGAGGUGAAGGCAUUUGGAAAUAACAUAGCAUAGCUUUUAAGUAAUGACAAUCAAGGGCCAGAGCAUUAGAACAGCAUGUGUAGAUCUUCAGCCUACCCGUUUCUAGGCAACUGGUUUACCCAGGUGAGCAAGGGCUGAAUAGAUGAAGAAUGGACAUUUUCGCCUCUCUCCCUUCCCUGUAACAAUGAUCCCUUGUUUUGUUGUGAUUUAUUUCCUACUUCUAACUGAGUUGACUUUGGCCGGUAAGGGAAGAAAGGUACUUCAAAUGGAAACCCACCUCUUUUUAAAUAUGAAGCAGCUGUUACUUUUUCUUAAUGAAUUAUCUUUCAAUGAUGUAGAAAGAUUCUGAAGUGUUCUCAUUAGCAUAUGCUGAGCAGGAAUUAAAUAAAGCAUCAGAUACUGAUCCACACUGUACGUGGCUGACUCUGAGCCAAAGUAGCUGCUUAAAUUGCAAGGCUUUGCUGAAGAGCAGUAUGAGUGAAAAAUGAUUAAUUCUGGGACUGUAUUCACACCAAGGUCUGCUGUCUUAGAGCCAAGAAAGAUAGCUUUAUUUAUAGAAAGUAAAUUAUGGGCUAGUUUUUUAAAAGAUUGUCAUUUGAUAUAUGUACAUAUAUAACAGCUCAUGUGGGGUCAACGAAUUAUCCCCAUUUUGUGGUUUUCAAUGAAAGUACUGAGCAAUUUAAUGACCUUUGUUUCUGCCUGUGCUUGUAUGCAUGCAUUUUUGAACCAGUAAUAGAGCAGCCUCAUAUAAUUCUGGAUGAUGCUGGGUUUUCCAUAUAGACCCAGCAUUAUAAUCAAAUCUAUUGUCAGCACCCAUGGCUCUUUUGGAAUCCCAGAGAAAUAUAAGGACCUGAUAUUUUUCUACAAGAAUAUUUUCAGACACCAUAUAGGCAUAUUACUGAUUUAAUACUUUUUCUUUUUUCCUUUGAAGCAAAGUCUCUGAAAAUAUUUCACACUAUUUGAUUUUGGAAUCACUUUUCUCAAACCUUGAAUUAACCCUAGAAUUUCUGUAAGCAUUUGUACCCUUGUUUCCCCCACAGCAUACAUAAACAAAUACGUGCUUUUUCAGAAUUGUAUUUUAACAAGUACCUAUGCAAAGAGCUUUAAGAAGUGAACUGUUUUAAAGGAAUAUAAGUUUGUUCACUGAGACAUGUGUUUAUUGUGUGGCAAAGGUUUAUUUUACCUCGGCAUUGCCCCAAAGUAUGUAUCACAAGGGGCGUUGAUUGAGUGGUGUUCUCAUACAGGUGGGGGUGGGGGAACAAGAGCUUUGCUAAUGAAAAAUGUUUCUUAAAUCUUAGUUAAGAAGUGUUAAACAGAUUUCAUAAGUGCAGACAUCCUCCAAGACCUUAAUGUACUACCUAAUGCUUCUUCUAGGGGGAAUCCUAUGUGCCAUUCCUUACACUUACUUACUGAACACUUUGGGAAAUACAGCUUUAGGACACUGAUUUUUUUUUUUUGGCUUCCUAUUUUAAAAUGCUAAAGUUGCAGCUUGAAUAUUGUAGGAAAGCUCUGAAGCAUUUGUAAAUGAUACAGUACUCUUUCAUUAUAUAUUUUCAAAAUCACUGGAAUGUUGUUAUACAAAAGAAUUAUACUUGUGCAUUGUAAAAAAACAUUAAUAUACAUUUAUUAAUGCCAAUAGUUUAAUUCAACAAUAUGUAAUCUAAGGUGCUCAGUACUACAUGAAGUAUGAGUUAAUUACUCAUUACUCAUCGUUAAGUUGCAAAGAUGCUAUUAUAUAUUUAUAGACAGAAUUUAAAUGAUCAUAAUUACAAAUAUUUCUUCAUCAUUUAAGUGUUGGGCUGAUUAAUAUCUGGGUGGGGGUCAACAGAAACUACAUUCUCUACAUUUAUAAAAAUUUAAAUAAUUAUAUUUUAGAAAAAAAUGUAUUUGAAUAAAAAUGCAUUUUCUGAAUUAAAAUGUUCUAUUAGCAAGAAACAAAAUUUUACUGAAAGAAAUGUGUAAAUGAAUCUUUUUUUUUUUUUCCUUCCAAGAUAAAGUGAAUCAAACACAUAUCAGAGUGGCUCUGAUGAAAUCAAUUUCAAAUACUCAUUUUUUCUCAUUCUGAAUUUCAAGUUACUACGACUUUCCACUGUAUGUAGAUUUUAAUCUUGUCUUGAUGUGUGUUACGAAUGUUGUAAAUGACACAAACUCAUAUGUCAACUGGGUCUUUUGGGGGAAUUCGUUUUUGUCCAGUUUGCUCUGUGCUCAACCAUUUCUUAUCUGAAUUAGUGAAUUAUUAAAUUCAUAGUGUUUGUCCCAUAAGGGCAAACCAAUACAAAUGAAUGUUCUAAUGUAGUUAGUGGGAAGCUAUCCAUUUGCUAGUAGGUGUGGUUAGGUGAGCCCUUUGUGGAGUAUCUUUAAAUCAUCCCAGAAGGGUUUAAAGAAGACCAAUAGGAAUUUAGAGAGUAAAUUUUUUUUUUUCUGACUUGAAGUAAGAGAAACAAAACCAUAAACCUACUAAAAAAGUAGCCAGGCAGAAGCAUUUAAUUAAUCCUAUCAAUUGAUGGAAUUAAAGUGCAGAAACAUGCAUGACCCUUUGUCCAGAAGCUUGUUGAACCUGCUUGAAGUCAGGAGGAAUGGUCUUAAUGGUCGGAAGGAUUCUCCUAAAAUUAAUGAGCAGGGCCUUCCUGGCCCUUGUUUUACAAAUAUUAUUCUAUCUUGAGGGGAUUAGAGUGGGCUAGAGGGAGUAAUUUUUAAAUGUACCUUGAGUUAAAAAAAAUAUGUGCCUAUGUUUAUAGCACCAAGGCUAUCAUGUAAAAUUGAUAUAUGAAUUAAAUAAAUAUUCACCUCUAAAUAUGGUA